GCUCUAUCAGCUGUUCACAAGAUUUUAUAAUUCUGCACGCCGCUUAUUUUGUGUUUUUCCUGAUCUAUUGCUUGUGAUAUUGACGAAAAUAUUAAUCAAGAUGUGGCCAAUUGUAAUGGCUCUGAUAAGGCGUAACGCCGUUUACAUCACUUUGCCCAUAGCCGGCGUUGUGGGUUUUAUUGGCUAUAACAUCGAGAGCUGGAUAUCUGACAAAUACACCCCAUACAGUCCAUCCAUACAAGAGUUGCGCGCUAAACGGUUGACAGAAGAAAGUUUGAAUACAGAUGCCGCUAAUGUGGAGAAAUUACGACUGAGUAGUCCCGUACUGGAACGCAACCUCUCUCCGUCGCUGCAGCCCAAGGCCUAGGAGACAUGCAAUGAUUUGUUAUCAAAAUUAGGUAGUUGUUAUCAAUAAAAAAAAAAGAUACGCCAAAAAGAAUUA